CGGCACGAUAACAUAGGAUAAAUUGAUAGAGAGACUUUAAUGAAAAAAACAUUGAAGGUGGAGACUCAUAAUCACGGCAAUUGUUAUCGUGUCUCGAGUAUUUUUUAUGAAAUUUUCAAUGGACAGAGUGACAAUUGCAAUCACAUCUAGAGAAACCUAAGGCCCCUGUAGCUACAUAAUAAGUAGCCUAGAUCUACAGAAACGUUAUGAAUACAAGUUGAAUAUAAUAUCCAAAUGAUAUUUCAGGUGCCGCCAUGUUAUGGAAACUGUGUGAGACAUGGAUCAGAGCUGUAACCUGUGUGGAAAAUUACCAAAGUCAUCAAAUGAUUUGAAGAAGUUUCGACAUAUUAUUAAAGAAACAGAAAAAUGGCAAAAGAUUAUUUCAUUAUUUUCAAAAUUUAAAUCUGAGCCAAAAAUUAGGGUAUGCAGGCCUUGUUUCGACAAAGUGAACACAAUUAUUAAUUGGGAGACUAGAACAAAUUUGAUUGUCAAAGAAUUUUCAACAUAUAUCAAUAGAACACAGAAUGUAUUAACACCUAAAAGAUGUACAAAGCAAACAUACCCAACAACCAGUCCUAAACAAUUUAAAAAGACGACAUCAUCAACUGCAAAUGUACAGAUUUAUUCGAAAAUAAGUGGAAGAACGCACGAUGUAACCAGUCUCUAGACCCAGUGGAAAGCGACGAUGGAUAUAAUAAACUUUUUACUCAUGAGUCCAUAGAUUUCUAUAAUAGUAACAUCCUUUUUUCCCAAAUGCAUGACCAGAUAUAGGAAAUUUUGGAUUCUUUAUUUGUUUGUAGGCACUUAAACGUAAAAAGUAUGACUUAGAUGAU